GGCGUUCUGCGCAACCCGUUGUUCCUGGGGAUCAUCGUCUUCCAGGCCAUUGUGCAGGUGCUGAUAGUACAGUUUGGCGGCUAUGUGUUCAGCUGCACCCCCCUGCCCUUGCACCUGUGGGGUUGGUGUGUACUCAUAGGCUUCCUGGAGUUGCCCUGGAAUUUUCUGGUGUCGAUCGUCCCGGCUUUGUUCGGGGAUUACAAAAACAAGAGUGCCGAGUCGGAG